CGAUGCUGCAUGCGCUGAUCAUCUGAUGUUCCGCGUCUCCUCUCGCAGCUGGCAACCCUGACCAACAGCCCAUAACAACACCGGAAAAGGAGAAGGAGACAUCACUUGGCCGUCUGAAGAAUCUUCAUGGAGACACUCGCUUGAAUUACCCCGGAUUGCUUGCUUGCUGUUCACACACGGCUGUUCGAUCACUAGUAAGCUCAUGACCAAUGUUCAGAAGCUGAGAGGGGCCAUGGUUCACCCGUCAACUGCGCGCGUGCUACAAUCUCGGGAAGAUGCUGUACUGUCCCGACGAGAGAUAGAAGGUCUGAUUGCCAGGGGGAGGCAUAUCCUUAUUUACGAAGGCACAGUGCUGAAAGUUGAUGCGUGGUUGAAAUUCCAUCCUGGCGGAGAAAAGGCAAUCCAACACAUGGUUGGUCGAGAUGCCACGGACGAAAUCAAUGCAUUACAUUCUCUUGAGGCUCGCCAACGGAUGAAGUCGUACCAAAUCGGUCGAAUUGAAGGACAAUGGAAGAAUUUCCUCCCACCGAUUCAAGGAGGUAUAUUUCGCCUCGAGGGUAUAGAUGAGAUGAUCCCCGACGACGUCGACGAUUCCCACUCAUCGGCUCAAGAAAGCUCGUCGCCUCCAUCCCCUUUGUUCGAAGCAGUCGACCGUCAAACGCUGAGAAGUCGACAAUCGAGCGCGACUUCAAUCUCAUCUGUUGCCUCAACUCCGCCAUCACCCGGCCCUAAGGCACAUUUUGAGCCAAAGCCUUUCUUCCUCGAUGCACGAACUCAAGAAGAGAUAGUCCUUGAUGUCGCAAAAUACCCCUCUGUCAACUCCGAAACCCAAAACAACAUCGUGGAGAAAUAUCGGCAGCUGAACCAGCGGAUUCAAGCCGAGGGAUUGUACAAUUGUAAUUAUUUCGCCUAUUUCGUGGAAUUUUGCCGAUACAGCCUUCUGUUCUCUCUAUUUGUUUUCUUCCUACGCCGUGGAUGGUACGCUACUUCUGCGUUCUUUCUUGGAUGCUUGUGGCACCAACUAGUUUUCACUGCCCAUGAUGCCGGCCACAUGGGCAUUACCCAUAAUUUUCAUGUCGACACUGUAAUAGGGAUAAUAGUUGCGGAUUACAUCGGCGGCCUUAGCCUUGGAUGGUGGAAACGUAAUCAUAACGUCCACCAUAUCGUUACCAACUCCCCGGAACACGAUCCUGAUAUCGAGCACAUGCCCUUUUUCGCCAUCUCGCAUCGAUUUUUUAGCAAUCUCCGAAGCACGUAUUACGAACGUAUCAUGAAGUAUGACUUGUUCGCACAGUUUCUGAUCCGCUAUCAGCACUACCUUUAUUAUCCUAUUUUACUAUUCGGCCGUUUCAAUCUUUAUCGUCUCAGCUGGGAAUACCUCUUACUUCGCCAAGCUCCCAGACGAGGCCCAGCCUGGUGGCACCUCUGGUUCGAAGUCGUCGGCCAGGUCUUUUUCUGGGCCUGGUAUGGGUAUGGAGUGGUGUAUCUCAACAUCCCAGACUGGCGCAACCGCCUCGUGUUCAUUUUGGUGAGCCACAUGGUGCAAGGGCCGCUACACGUUCAGAUUACGCUGUCUCAUUUCGCAAUGUCCACUGCCGACUUGGGUGUUCACGAGUCGUUCCCUCAAAAGAUGCUUCGGACCACCAUGGACGUGGACUGCCCUACCUGGCUGGAUUUCUUCCACGGGGGCCUCCAAUUUCAGGUUAUCCACCACCUGUACCCCCGUAUCCCGCGUCACAAUCUCCGCAGUGCUCAGAACUUGGUGAAAGAUUUUUGCAAGGAUGUGGACAUCCCGUAUGCGAUAUUCACGUUUUACGAUGGGAAUAAGGAGGUUAUUGGACGGCUGAGCGAUAUUGCGAAACAGGCGCGGAUAUUCGCAGAGUGUCAGAAGAGCGUCGCGCAACAGGGUAUAUUUUCGGACCAUCAUCAUCACCACUAGUGGCACGUGUCACUUUCUGUGGCAUGAUUCAAUGACAUGUUAUUAGACUCUCGGUGCUUUUUGUUUCGUCCCUCUGCACCUUUUCUCUUACGUCACGGAUGGUUAUAAAUUUUGUAAAUUCUCGCUUGACCAAGUUCAUGGAUAUUCUGGACACAUGUGGACCCAUUCAACCAUAGAUGUGUGUUGCUUGUCUAGCCUCGACGCAUGAUAAAGAUAGAAAAAUGAUUUUAGACAUAUGCAGCUGUGGUCUCAGUGGAGCUUUUGCGCAGCUCUUUUAUAUACUCCC